AUGCUUCGAUACCUGCCGCUUAACACAAUGAUUGGGGGGACUUCUAUCACCCCCGACUCCAAGUUCAUAGCGAUCUCGAACAUGACCGAAGGGUUUGACAUCUGGGAUCUUGAUGCUGGGAAGCACCUGGCGUCCUAUUCUCACCGCUGCGACCACACUCUUCGCGUCCCGGUCAAAUUCGUGCAAAAGGGCCAAACGCUCCUUGGUGGGAGUACAGUUGGGCGUUCAUGCGUCUGGGAUGUUGAGACCGAAAUACUUACUCAAGACCUUCGUCACGACAAGGGGAUUGUCCUCGCCAUUGAUAUCUACGGUUUCAUGCGCAAGGUCAUCCUGCGCAAGGUCGAUCCCGCGAUUGACGACCCCGAUGCUAGCACCUCCCAUCCGACCCUCAGCAGGAACUCUUCCCCCGACGCCGUGGCCAAUUUCAAGCGCCCGUUCCCGUCACCGUCCCCAACACUGUCGGCCACAAGUCGACUCCCUCAAUGGGGAGAGCUCGCGGCUGCUCGGUUCCAGGCUCCUUCAUCCCUCUCAGCCAGGGAGGUGCUGCCGGCUGGGGAUCCUCGUACCCUUGUUCCACUCUGCCCCCCCUUACUGUUCCAUCGGACCCACCAGCGUCCCACCACCACGGAAUGUACAACCAGAACCACUCCCACAAUCUUCACCCCAUCUCUCCCGCCGUCGAAUCUCCCUCGACCCAGUCCAGUGCGAUGGGGAGCUCGCGGCUUCUCGGCUCCAGGCUCCUUCACCCCUAUCAACCAGGGAGGUUCUGCCUGGGGAUCCUCAUACCCUCGUUCCACUCUGCCCUCCCUUACUGUUCCAUCGGACCCACCAGCGUCCCACCACCAUGGAAUGUACAACCAGAACCACUCCCACAAUCUUCACCCCAUCUCUCCCGCCGUCGAAUCUCCCUCGACCCAGCUCAGCGCGAUGGGCUCUGGCAGCGGGUAUAGUCACUCCACUCACAGCCACAACGACACCAUAGUUCAGUCGUCGCAGUAUCCGUACUACGAUCAGAGCUGGUCCUUCCCUCCCAACGGCUCCUCGAGUCACUCUGGCAGCCUGUCGUCACUGUUGAAUCCUCCGAACUCAUCGGGCUAUAGUCGCCCCACCCCCACCAUCAAUACUUCGUAUGCUUCCAACCAUUCUGGGAUGCCUAUCCACAACGACCACUCUCCCCCUUCGUUGUCUCCGGACAGCCGCCCGACAACGGGAUAUUCGAUGUCGUCUGUCUCGUCGCUGCCCUAUGAAGAGGCACAUCACCAUGGGUAUCACUCGAUGGCCCAUGACGACUAUUCGCGCCCGGGUUCCAGUCACCAUCGCCCUAACUCCCCCGGUCUUUCCCGCCCUCCGUCGUCGACGAACAAGUACGCCCCGCUCAGCAUCCGCCGUCCUCGGCGUCAUAGCCAGGUGAUGAGUCCCUACCCUUCGCCCUACGAUCAUUCGGACCGCCCAUCUACGUCUCCCCACCCUCUCGACGAUGGUAGCAUGCCUCGAGUUCGAAGCAUGAUUCAGCUGCCCUCCGCUGACUACAAUUUUGGGGGCGGCGUCUCUCAGCCGGAGUUUGCAUACUCGGCGGGCGUUGGUAGUGCAGCAUCCAUCGACUCAUUGGAUGCACGUGGUGGAUGGGGGCAGCACCAUUCUGUCCGACUUUCGACAAGUACUUCGUCGAUCUCGGCUGCAUCACAUACCUCCUCAUCACAAGCGAACACGCUUCCCCUUGAUGACGGGUAUGGCCAUGGUGGGACAGGGAUCAACAGAUUCUCUCCCAACUUCGGCUUUGUGCCCAUGAACGAGCAUAUGCCUCCCCAGUACACCAAAGCGGCUGGCGAGCUGUAG